AUGCCGACCAUUUCCGUCGACAAGUAUAAGCUUUACGAAGCGCUGGGUCAAAAAUUCACGACCGAGGAGUUUGAGGACCUCUGCUUCGAAUAUGGUAUCGAACUAGACGAAGACACCGAAAAUGAAGAGCGUCCGAUUGUCAAUGGCGAGCAGGAGCCCCCCCAGCUGAAGAUCGAGAUCCCCGCCAACCGAUAUGACAUGCUCUGCUUUGAGGGCAUUGCGCUCAAUUUGAACAUCUUCAGAGGUCGGAUCCCUACACCCAACUAUCGGGUCGUUGCGCCAAAGGACGAGGAGCAGUAUGUCAUCAACGUGUUGCCCGAGACUGCCCAAGUUCGACCCUUGAUCGCUGGCGCCGUCCUGCGCAACGUCAAGUUCACAAAGGACCGAUACGAAUCCUUCAUUUCACUUCAAGACAAACUCCACCAGAACCUUGCGCGGCAGCGAACAUUGGUUGCAAUUGGUACGCAUGACUUGGACACAGUUCAGGGGCCUUUCACAUAUGAAGCUCUCCCUCCUCGUGACAUCAAGUUCGCGCCUCUCAACCAGACCAAGGAGAUGAACAGCGAAGAGCUCAUGACAUUUUACGAAAAGGACAAGCAUCUUGGGCGAUACCUGCACAUCAUCCGCGAUUCGCCCGUAUACCCAGUUAUAUAUGAUAAGAACAAGAUAGUUUGCUCUCUGCCACCCAUCAUUAACGGAGAGCACUCCAAGAUCACCCUGAACACUACGAAUAUCCUGGUCGAGGUCACUGCUACCGAUGCCACCAAACUUGAGAUCGUCUUGGAUAUGGUGGUGACCAUGUUCUCAGAAUAUGCCGCCGAGCCUUUUACUGUCGAGCCUGUCAAAAUUGUUUCCGACCACAACGACUCCACAAGAAUUACCCCUUCGCUUCGGCCUAGGAUAACUUCUGUAGAGAUUGACUAUCUUAACAGCUGUACUGGUCUUAACGAGUCACCUGAGAGCCUUGCUAAGCUUUUGAGCAAGAUGGCAUACAUUGCCAAGCCAUCAGAUAAGGAUGCGAAUAUCUUGGAAGUAAGCAUCCCUGCCACUCGCCCCGACGUCCUCCACCAAUGCGAUGUUAUGGAGGAUUUGGCCGUGUGCUGGGGUUAUAACAACCUACCACGCACCGAGCCUAACAGGAGCGCCACUGUCGGCGGACCUCUUUUGAUCAACAAGCUUGGCGAUAUUUUCCGGACCGAGGCAGCCAUGGCUGGUUGGAGCGAGGUGAUGCCCCUGAUCCUCUGCAGCCAUGAUGAGAACUUCGCCUGGCUUAACAGGAAAGAUGAUGGAAAGACGGCGAUCAAAUUAGCCAACCCCAAAACUCUCGAGUACCAGAUCGUCCGUACCUCCCUCCUGCCAGGUCUGCUCAAGACAAUUCGCGAGAACAAGAGCCACUCCCUACCCAUGAAGAUCUUUGAGGUUGCCGAUGUUGGAUUCAAGGACGAGUCUCUUGAACGACGGGCACGAAACGAGCGCCAUUUCGCCGCCGCGUGGUGCGGAAGGUCCAGCGGCUUCGAGAUUGUCCACGGCCUCCUGGACCGUCUCCUUCUUAUGCUCCGCACACCCUUCAUUACCCGCGAACAGGCCGGAAAGCCAGAUGGGUACUGGAUCGAGGAGCUCAAGGAGGACACCUACUUCCACGGCCACGCUGCAGCUGUACAUCUCCGCCUCAAUGGAAAGGAGCAACGGAUCGGCGAAUUCGGCAUCCUGCACCCCAGCGUGCUAGAGAAUUUUGAUCUGAGAUACCCUGUGAGCACGUUGGAAAUUAACUUAGAGGUCUUCCUGUAA